AUGCCUCGUGGCGAAUGCUCGGCUUUGCCUCGGACUGUGGAUACCGGGGUUGCUCACUAUGAGGCGUUCGCGUCGCACAAUUCGUGGCGAGCCGUGGGCUUGUCGGUAAAAGAGCAGUGCUCAAAGGUGCCUCGCUCCGAGCUGUGCGUCAAGUGGAUACCGCUGUCAGCCUCGCACCGUACAAUAGACAAUUCUGCACUGCAAACCACCAAAUACCUGCACAACGAAACUGCCAUCAUGGAUAAUCAUGACGUGAUUAGAGAAUUAGUGAAGUGUUAUGAAAGUAAACGUGUAUUGUGGGACUCGAAGCACCCUGAAUAUUAUAAUAAAAACAAGAGAGAAGACUUGUGGCGCGAAAUAUCGGUAUCAAUGAAUAUUUCGGUGAAAGAACUGAAAAAGAAGAUGACGUCUUUGUUGGGCUCUUACCGACGUGAAAAGUCCAGGGAAAAGAAAAGUCAAGUUACAGGAUCAGGUCAAGGAGAUGUUUACCAGUCAAAAUGGUUUACAUACACAUGGUUUGGCUUUCUUUGUGAUAAGGACAUGCCAAAUGACCAACUCGAUACAAUGGAUAAUGCUAAUACGCAAAGGGAUCCUGAGGAAACUCGAGAAGAAUCAAACAAUGAUGAAUCUAUUGUCGAUGAACCCACAACGGUCGAAGAUGAACCACCGGAGUCUACUAAUACAACGAUGGCGUCUACAACUGCUACGGCGGUGUCUACGAGUACAGCGACGGUGCCUACUUCUAACAUGUAA